AUGUGGGAGCGCCUCACACAAUCACCCAACUUCACAUCUGAACACAUGUUGCCCGCUUUAUCGCCACCCCACCAGCGAUUAACGACGUCCAAAAAAAGGGUGAAUACAUACUGGCAAGGGGCGAUCGUGCGACUAUCAAAGUUGCACAGCGCUGAGCAGAAUCGCUCAUCCUCUUAG